CCUGAGCCAGAGGGCCAGCCUGGCGCUGAAUGGGCGGGUGGCGUCCGGCUCCGUCCCGCCCGCCGCCGGCCCCUAGCGCCUGCUCCCGCCGCGCCCGAGUCUCCUGCAGCUCCGGUCUCCACCCGGGCUGUGAAUGAAAGGCGGACGCCGCCGGGGACUGGCGGCAAGCUACACGGCAACGCCGGCCUCUCGGGAGGCAAGCUCCCCGCGGGGAUGUACGGUGUGUGUGGCUGCUGUGGUGCCCUUCGCCCCAGGUACAAAAGGCUGGUGGACAAUAUCUUCCCUGAGGAUCCUGAGGAUGGUCUAGUGAAGACCAACAUGGAGAAGCUGACUUUCUAUGCCCUCUCAGCUCCAGAAAAGCUAGAUCGCAUUGGCGCCUACCUCUCAGAGAGACUUAUCCGGGAUGUGGGUCGCCAUCGAUAUGGGUACGUGUGCAUUGCCAUGGAGGCCCUGGACCAGUUGCUCAUGGCCUGCCACUGCCAGAGCAUCAACCUCUUUGUGGAGAGCUUCCUCAAGAUGGUGGCCAAGCUGUUGGAGUCUGAGAAGCCCAACCUGCAGAUCCUCGGCACUAACUCGUUUGUGAAGUUUGCCAACAUUGAGGAAGACACUCCAUCCUAUCACCGGAGCUAUGACUUCUUUGUGUCCCGAUUUAGUGAAAUGUGCCACUCAAGCCAUGAUGACUUGGAAAUCAAGACCAAAAUCCGGAUGUCAGGCAUCAAAGGUCUACAAGGAGUAGUGAGGAAGACGGUGAAUGAUGAGCUGCAGGCCAAUAUCUGGGACCCACAGCACAUGGACAAGAUCGUCCCAUCGUUGCUUUUCAAUCUGCAGCAUGUGGAGGAGGCAGAAAGCCGGUCUCCUUCACCCCUCCAAGCCCCAGAGAAGGAAAAGGAGAACCCAGCAGAGCUGGCUGAGAGGUGCCUGCGGGAGUUGCUGGGCCGGGCAGCCUUCGGAAACAUCAAGAAUGCCAUCAAGCCUGUUCUCAUCCACCUGGAUAAUCAUUCUCUUUGGGAACCCAAGGUGUUUGCCAUCCGUUGCUUUAAAAUCAUCAUGUACUCAAUUCAGCCGCAGCACUCCCACCUGGUUAUCCAGCAACUCCUGAGCCACCUAGACGCCAACAGCCGCAGCGCGGCAACGGUGCGCGCGGGCAUCGUGGAGGUCCUCUCGGAAGCUGCGGUCAUCGCUGCCACCGGCUCUGUCGGACCCACGGUGCUGGAGAUGUUCAACACUCUGCUGCGGCAGCUGCGACUCAGCAUCGACUACGCGCUGACCGGGAGCUACGACGGAGCCGUGAGCCUGGGCACUAAGAUCAUUAAGGAGCACGAGGAGCGCAUGUUCCAGGAGGCUGUCAUCAAGACCAUAGGCUCCUUUGCCAGCACACUGCCCACCUACCAGCGCUCAGAGGUGAUCCUGUUCAUCAUGAGUAAGGUCCCGCUGCCUUCCCUGCAUCACCCUGUGGAGACCGGGAGGACAGGGGAGAACAGGAACCGGCUGACCCAGAUCAUGCUGCUGAAAUCCCUCCUUCAGGUAUCCACAGGUUUCCAGUGCAACAACAUGAUGUCAGCCCUGCCCAGCAACUUCCUUGACCGCCUUCUCUCUACUGCCCUCAUGGACGAUGCAGAAAUCCGUCUCUAUGUUUUAGAGAUUCUCAUUAGCUUCAUUGAUCGUCAUGGCAACAGCUACAAAUUCUCUACCAUCAGCACCCUUAGUGAUAUCUCAGUCCUGAAGCUGAAAGUGGAUAAAUGCUCCCGACAGGAUACUGUCUUCAUGAAGAAGCACUCCCAGCAGCUCUAUAGACACAUCUACCUGAGCUGUAAGGAAGAGACCAACAUCCAAAAGCACUACGAGGCACUCUACAGCCUCCUGGCACUCAUCAGCAUCGAACUAGCUAAUGAGGAGGUGGUGGUGGACCUCAUCCGCCUGGUGCUGGCUGUCCAGGACGUGGCCCAGGUCAAUGAAGAGAACUUGCCUGCCUACAACCGUUGUGCCCUCUAUGCUCUGGGUGCAGCCUACCUGAACCUCAUCAGCCAGCUGACAACAGUGCCUGCCUUCUGUCAGCACAUCCAUGAGGUGAUAGAGACCAGGAAGAAAGAAGCUCCAUACAUGCUCCCGGAAGAUGUGUUUGUGGACAGGCCCAGGCUGUCUCAAAAUCUAGAUGGCGUGGUGAUCGAGUUCCUCUUCCGCCAGAGCAAGAUCAGUGAAGUCCUGGGAGGCAGUGGCUACAAUUCAGACAGGCUCUGCCUGCCCUACAUCCCUCAGCUGACAGAUGAAGAUCGCUUGUCCAAGAGGAAGAGCAUUGGUGAGACCAUUUCCCUGCAGGUGGAAGUGGAAUCAAGGAACAGCCCAGAGAAGGAAGAGCGAGUGCCUGCCGAGGAGAUCACUUAUGAAACACUGAAGAAGGCCAUUGUGGACAGUGUCGCAGUUGAGGAGCAGGAGCGUGAGCGACGGCGACAGGUGGUAGAAAAAUUCCAGAAGGCACCCUUUGAGGAGAUUGCAGCCCACUGUGGGGCCCGGGCAUCACUGCUGCAGAGCAAACUCAACCAAAUCUUCGAAAUCACCAUCCGGCCCCCUCCAAGCCCAUCAGGAACCAUCACUGCAGCAUACGGCCAGCCUCAGAACCACUCCAUUCCUGUGUAUGAGAUGAAGUUUCCUGAUCUGUGUGUGUACUGAAUUCCAAGAGAUGGAGACCCUCAGAGGACAGGGUCUGCAGGAGGUCUUGUCCUCCUGCCCACUCCUACCACGUGGAAACCUAGCUGGGAUCACCGAGAAAAAGUCACCUUGGACAGCGGCUCCUCCCCAGCUAAGCAAAGGUGGAGCCUCCUGGCCUUCUCUGGUCCUUUGUGGCCCUCCUUUCACCUCCUUGUCUUCUGUGAGGAAGAUCCAGCCACCUGCCCUCUGGGGCUAAUAAGCAUCUCACCUGUCUUCUCUUUUGUGUCAGCCAGGGAUAAAGAAUCAUGAGGGUGUCUCCAAUGAGAAGCAGAUGGGCCUGGAAAGCUAGCUGUGUUGGUGGAAAGACUUCCACUGGGGACAUGUCUAUGAGGGAGUGUCAGUCAUCCCCAAGGGAGAGAGCUGUAUGGAAACUCAGUUGGUCAAAGGAAGCCAGAGGUGGCACUUAGAGAAACUGAGGAAAGUCUCCCUUAUAAAGAGGUGACAGUGUGAGAGCUGGAAGAUGAUGGCUGCUCUCACCCCCAGCAGCUCUCCUCUCCCCUUAGCUCUUGGGUGUCUUAUCAACCCUCUUCACUCUCUAGUUGUCCUUGUUGCUUUCUAUCAUUAAUGAAUACAGAACCCUGAACAGCAGGUGCUGGGGGUAGAGACCCUGGGGACAGUAAGGUGGGCAGAAGAGUGGCAAACUGGGGAUAGAGAGGGGCUGGUUCUCCCUGGCUGAACAACAGCCUCAGCAAAGCACAAAUGGAGUGAGUCCCUGUCCCUGUGUAGCAUCUUCUCACCUCUGUUCAGAGGAAGCUUAUGGUGGCCCUUCUACAGUUCUCUCUCUUCUGAAUAUUUCUCUGAGUUGGUUAAAUUCUCUCUCUGAUGUCUCCCUUCUAAGUAUCCUAUAAUGUUUCCAUAAUCUCUGGAAUGAGAGAAAACUAAGCAAGUUUAUGUGGUUCUAGAUGAUUGAGAUGUAGAGAGGAAGUUCAGGGCCCACAGGCCUUGCCCACCUCACCUCCUGUGGAAGAGGCUCCUAUCAUAGGCUUGGGGAAGGGAAGGAGAGGGAAAAGUUGGGCAAGUGUCACUUUGGGGCUCAAGAAAAGAAGGAUCCAACAGCUAGUAUUAGAGAGAUUUCUUCAUUCUCUGGACAAAGUGUGGGACACUGAUGACAACUGGCCUUGUUGCGGCCUGAGGAGAAGUGGUGGAAAUCCCUUUGGGUUCACUUUCCCUGUGUGCCAUCUACCUGCGCCUGUGUGACUUAUGUGUGUGCUAAGAGCAGCUAACCCAAGACUGGGUAGGUGCCCAAAAAAGGCCACUUGCCACCCUCUCAGUGAGUCCUGUUCCUGAUCACCCCCCUCUGGACACCUAUGUGCCUCCAAGGGCACCUCAGGAAGCACCCCAGGCCUCCUCCAAUGGCAGCACCCCAUGGUCCAGCAUAGUCCUUUCUUUCCCUUUCUAACUUCUGGGCUGUUUUUCCUCACAGGAAGUUAUGCAUGGCCCAGUGUUGCCUCUAGAGAUUUAACUUUUUAGAAUGAUUUGUUGGCCUUCAGGAAUCCCUUUCUAGGGUACAAUUUUAGGCAUUGUGGGCUGGGGUCAGAAAGGGUCUCUUGCUGCUAAGGAGAGGGUAGGCUUCUCAGAAUACCUUCCAUCACAUCCCUGUACACACCCUGCAUAAUGACAGUCUGCUGAUUAGGACAGAUGGAAGCAUUUUCCAAAAUCAGGAGAACCUAAAUCCAUGUACUUCCCCACCACACCUGUGGUAAAUAUUGAAAGGAGGGGCCUAUCUCACCCUGACCCUGGAGGGUUUCACUCCAGAUGCCCUUCUUUCCUUUGGUCCUGUGCUGAGCUGUGGACUCCUGGCUCCCGCAUGGCCUGCAUGAUCUCAGGCUCCCAAGGGCCAGCCCCUGCCAUGGCUUUGGGGCUAUAUUCUAUGGCUUUGCUCAACUCAACUUUAUAAGCGUGAACUUAGAUUUCUCUUUAAUAUAUCUUUACUAAGAAACCAAGUUUAAAAUGACUGUAAGCAAACUUGAAGGCAGAUAACCUUUUAGAAACUACAGUCUAAUCCUUGGGCUACAAACAUAUCUUUCCUCACUGGAUCACCCCAUCUUUUAUCCCAUGUUUGGCUUGGAUGAGACACUGUUCCUAUCUUGUUCCCGAGUCACUGCAGGGUCCACUCCUGAGGCAGCUUUGCCCUAGUUCUGGGUUGUGGGAGUUGGUUCCUGUAGUAUUUCUAGAGCCAGUAUUAGAGCCAGAGACCUGCAGGUCCACUCUGUCCCUCACCCUGUCUUGGGAACAGAGGAGAGAAAGGGGCAGGAUUCCAAGUCUGCAAACUCAACUGCUGCUCAGUCUUCCUCCUUUUUUCUUCCUCUUUUUCUUCACAGCAAGGCUGUUUAGCAGGGUUAUAUUAUUUUAGGAGAGCUAACUGCUAGAAAAUUAGGUUGCCUGCUGACAGGAAAUAGAAUCUAGAUCCUGGCCAACUAUGCAUCAGAAGCAGAAAUCUAAAUUAUGAACACUGUAGUGUCUGUCACCCCAUCCUGGCCUAGGAGAGACCUGGGAAAGAAGCAGAAGCAGAGUGGAGAGGGGGUGGGUCCAGAUGGAGGAACCCAGAGCCCAGUCCUUGGCCAGGUAUCCCCACAUCCUGCCUUCCUGGCCUCUGGCAUCUGAUAGUACUGCCUCAUGCCCUGUUGGCUACCUGUCUCUUGUGAACUUGAGUCAAGAGGAGCCAGCAAGCCCAUUUAGACCACUGCCCUCCACCCACCCCAAAGCACCCAGGACUCUGGCACCCAUGGACAAGGGCAAGGGCCCAGGGAGUACUGUCCUCUUGACAAAACUUAUUAGGCAUGAAUGAACUUGAAGUUUAGAAGUUAACUUGGUUUAGUCAUAAAAGUACAUAAAAAGUAAACCACCAUGUGGUCUCAGAGGCAGCUUCUGUUUUCCCUGUACUGUGCUUGUUCCUUGCCUUUGAAGAAUAGAGUAAAUGGCUUUUUGACUCCUCAACAGCCUCACCAAAAAAACCAGAAAAGUCUUGGUUUGUCCAGCCCAAAGGAUAAGCAGGGGAAAAUUGACCUGGGACUAAGGACUGUAUGCAGAACAGCAAUGUCCUGCACACUGCCUGUGCAUGGGCUAUUCCAGGUCCCAAAGGACAUGGUUCAGACUGGAGCAAGAGUCAGAAGAGCCCUAAGUUUCCUUUGAAUGGAACGUCUCUGGACUCCAGGGGUGGGGGUGCCUUCUGGUUGCCUUACCACUGUCCCAGACUGCCCUAUCCACUACAGUGAAUGCUGCUAAGAAGUGAGUGGCUGGCUAGUUUGGGGUCUAUGGGAAGUGAAAGACUUGAACUGUUAGUCUAAGUGUUAAGUUUAAAGGCGGGGGGGGAGCUUACAUCUGGGGAAAGGCUCCAAGAAAUCUAUUGUUUCUAUCUAACAAAAAUCUGGUUUACUGAAGCCCUAUAACCCAAGCUGGGUCUAGAGCUAAAGACCACAGAAAGGGAAUCAUUGGGCAGGAGGGAAUCACGGGGUAGUGGGGUAGGGUGGUGCUGUCCUGGAGCCUAGUUAAUUGAGCAAGUUGUAAGGAGGAGCCACAGAGAAACAGGAAAGACUUUGUGACCCUAUUGGCUCUUCUUUGUCACCAGUCUGGCUGACCAAGUCUUUUCCAGGGAACAGAGGGCCUCCCGAGCCCGGCAUCUUCCCCUUUUGAGCUCCUCCAUGAUUAUCGAUGCUGGUAUAUGGACUAUAGGGUUGUAAAUCUGCAAAUACUGCAGCCCAUCCAUCCUAAUGUGUUUUGAGUACAUUUAGAUCUUCAUGACCUGGCUGAGUGUGCGUGUUCCUAUGUGUGUGCAUGUAUGUAAUACAGUUUGCAGUUACUGUUAUGUAUAUAAUAGCUGACAUUUAUAUGUGAGUGCAGAAUUGGCACCUGUGGCAGUUUUCUGUACUUUAAACUUGUUAAAUCAAGCUAGUUUUCUUUUGGAGAAGGGGAGUAUGGAGAGUAUAGGAAGAAGAACUCAGCAAAAUCAUUCUUUAAGAUUAUCUAGUUGUGGUUUCCCAAUGAGCCUACAUGAUGCCCUUUCCAAAUAAAUGUUAAUGUUGUCACCCA